UGGUUGGAAUUAUAGAAGGGCUGACCAGAAAAGGAGUUGUUUAGAAUUAAUUCACUCUUUGAAGUCAAUGGAGAAACAACUGUUAUAGAGAUGGACUCAGUGCGCUCCUGGCUCCUGGCCUACAACAACAUAAUAGCCAGGCUCAGGAGCAGUGACAUGGCUGCUGAUGACAAAUCCUCCUCCUCGUCCUCUACACUGGAUUGCAGUGUGGAGCCUCCCAUCUCCCCUGGCAGCCCAUCCCACCUGACACACUUCAAACCCCUGACUCCAGAGCUGGACGAGCCUCCGCUCCGAUCAGCCUACAGCUCCUUCGUCAACCUGUUCCGCUUCAACAAAGAGGAGGGGCGGCCACCCCCAGUGACAGAGAAACCUGAUGUGACAUCAUCCACUAGGGAGCGUAGGAACUGGACCAGCCCAGCACACUCCACCCACGGCUCUGGGACCCAUAGGAAACAACACCCCAACCUGCUCCGUAGAACAUCCACCACCUCAGUGGACUGGCCAUUAUGGCCGGGUGAGGAGGGUCGUAGGAAAUCAGAAACCCCCCUGGUCACUCACGACCCCCGUACGGCUGUUCAGCUCCGCACUGCUCUGAAAAGACUCAAGGAGAUCAUGGAGGGAAAGAGCCAGGACAGCGACCUGAAGCAAUACUGGAUGCCAGACAGUCAGUGUAAGGAGUGCUACGACUGCAACGAGAAGUUCACCACCUUCCGCCGCCGCCACCACUGCCGGCUCUGCGGACAGAUCUUCUGCAGCCGCUGUUGCAACCAGGAAAUCCCUGGCAAGUUCAUGGGCUACACGGGAGACCUGCGGGCUUGCACCUACUGCCGUAAGGUUGCUCUGAGCUACGCCCACUCUGCAGACUCUUGCUCCAUAGGGGAGGACCUGUCUGCUCCGUCUGACUCCUCCAUCAGCUCUGUCUGCGUCCUGGAACCCAGCGAGCCUCGUACCCCGGUCGGAGGACGCAAGUCCAGCCGCAACAUCUUCCUAGAGGAGGACCUGACCUGGCAGAGAAAAACUCCCAUUGGGAUGAGAAAGAAUUUGAUUCACCAGGAGUCUCAGAACAGUGGGAUGAAUUCUAGACUGGCUGGCCUACAAGAGGAUGGAGGCAAGUCCCCAAUAAAGAACCGCCCUGUCCUAUCUAGGUCAGCCAGUGUGACCAACCUGUCCCUGGACCGUUCUGGCUCCUCCAUGGUGCCCUCCUAUAACAGCUCAAUGAGCCCCCAGACCAGUAUGGCCAUGCCCAAACCUGACCACAGCGAAGCGGAGAGGAAGGUACUGCUGGACUCGUCCCAGCUCAAAGACCUGUGGAAGAAGAUUUGUAACAACAGUACUGGCAUGGAGUUCCAGGACCAUCGCUACUGGCUCCGUACAUACCCCAACUGCAUUGUGGGGAAGGAGCUGGUCAACUGGCUGCUGAGGAGUGGAACCAUCUCCACCAGGGCCCAGGCGAUAGCCAUUGGUCAGGCUGUGGUAGACGGUCGUUGGCUGGACUGUGUCACUCACCACGACCAGCUGUUCAGGGAUGAGUACGCUCUCUAUCGCCCCCUCCAGAGCACAGAGUUCUCUGAGACCCCGUCUCCUGACAGUGACAGUGUCAACUCUCUUGAGGGACACUCCGAACCCUCCUGGUUCAAAGACAUCAAGUUUGACGACAGUGACACAGACCAGGUGGCUGACGAGAAUGACUACGUCACGCCCAACUCAUCCAGCCCCAGUAAGAGGACAUCAGUCAGUAGUUUCCAGUCAGCGGUGGACAGUGACUCUGCUGCCUCCAUCAACCUCAAUAUGGAGCAGGACAACGUCAACUUCCACAUCAAGAAACAGUCCAAGUACCCCUAUGUACCCCCGCACCCCACGGAGCAGAAAGAGUACCUGGUCUCAGAGGACAGAGGACAGAAUAUCUCCAUCAGUGACGCUUUCAUCAAAGAGUCCCUGUUUAACCGUCGUGUGGAAGAGAAGGCUAAGGAGAUGCUGUUCACUCCUCUGGGCUGGCACCACAGCUCCCUGGACCAGCUCAGGGAGGAGAAUGGAGAGAAGGAGGCAAUGGAGAGGCUACUCUCUGCCAACCACAGCCACAUGAUGGCGCUGCUGCAGCAGCUGCUGUACAGCGAGUCCCUGUCCCUCUCCUGGCGUGACAUCAUCGUUCCCGUGGUGAGGCAGGUGGUGCAGACGGUACGGCCGGACGUUCGCAGCUGUGAUGAUGACAUGGACAUCAGACAACUGGUUCACAUCAAGAAGAUUCCUGGAGGGAAGAAAUUUGACUCUGCUGUAGUGAAUGGCUUUGUCUGUACAAAGAACAUUGCCCACAAAAAGAUGAACUCGUACAUCAAGAACCCCAAGAUCCUGCUUCUGAAGUGUUCUAUAGAGUAUCUCUACAGAGAGGAGACCAAGUUCACCUGCAUUGACCCCAUCGUGCUUCAGGAGCAUGAGUUUCUGAAGAACUAUGUUCAGCGUAUAGCGGACGUGCGUCCCAACCUGGUGCUGGUGGAGAGGACCGUGUCCCGUAUCGCUCAGGACAUGCUGCUGGAGCACGGUAUCGCACUGGUCAUCAACGUCAAACCGCAAGUCUUAUACAGGGUGAGUCGUAUGACCCAGGGGGACCUGGUCAUGUCCAUGGAUCAGCUGCUCACUAAGCCUCGACUGGGAACCUGCCAAAAGUUCUACCUUCACUCCUUCCAGCUGGCCAACACUGAGUUGAAGACUCUGAUGUUCUUCGAGGGCUGCCCUCCCCAGCUGGGCUGUACCAUAAAGCUUCGCGGGGCGUCUGAGUACGAGCUGGCCAGGGUUAAGGAGAUCAUCAUCCUCAUGGUGUGUGUGGCCUACCACUCCCAGCUAGAGAUAUCCUUCCUUAUGGAUGAGUUCGCCAUGCCUCCCAGCCUGGCCAAGACCAGCUCCUUCCCCUGUCUCCUGGAGAGCACUACCGUCGAGGAGGAGGAGAGCCAGGGCGAGAGCCAGGAAGAUGGGACCGACCAGAGCACCCUCUUCCAGGGAGGAGAGACUGUACUGGGGGACGAGGAGGAGAAGCCUCCCCUGGGGAAAUCUGUAUCGGAGUCCUCCUCGCCUAAAGAUGUCGAUGGCGUCAAAGUCACCAAGAACCACCUCCUGUCCUCCUCAUGCUCCCUGGGGGCCGAGGGGGUGGAGUCAGCAGAGGUCAUGACCUCCACUCCAUUGUCCAAUCCCCUGGCGCCGCCACCACCCUACAUCAUUGAUGACCUGGAGGAGUUGGAAGAUGCGAUUGGGCUGGAGAAGGGGGAGACUGAGGGGGGGAGUGGGUCAGGGGUUCUGGGGAGGGGUGAGUCGCGGGAGGAGAGCUUGGGUUCGGAGACGCCCUCCAGGCUGUUCAGAGACCCACUGCAGGAUGACACAGGUCUGUUUGUCACAGAGCAGGUGGCCUCGACGGACGACCGUCUCAAGACGCUGACGGCAGGCUUCAAACAGGAGCUGAAGGACAUGAUCCUGUGUAUCUCCCCAUUCAUCACUUUCAGAGAGCCCUUCCUCCUCACGCCUGCUGGCCUACGCUGCCCCAGCAGAGACUACUUUCCUCAACAGGUGUACCUCUCCCCGCUGCUCAACAAGGACUUCAAAGAACUAGACGGUCGACGUAAGCGACAACUCCUCAAAGACUCCACCCCGUCAGGUGGAAGCAUGGCCAACGGAGGCCCUCCCCCUCGCCCCAUCCAGGUGUUACCCUCCCACCGCCUUACCAGCGCCCGCAUCGCAGAGCAUCUGGGCAGCAGCCAGGACCUGGCCAAGAUGCUGGCAGACUAUCGUGCCCAGGGAGGCCGCCUCCGACAGAAGGAGGCAGACCCCUUCGCCCAGCCCCUAGCCCAGCCACCGGUCCGGGAGGCACUGCCACCCAAGCACCCCGUCAAGGCUGAUAGUGAGGAGGAGAAGCCAGCGGGACAGAACGGCAGGACCUGGGCCUCCAAGCUGGACUGCCUGAACCCAGUGAACCAUCAGAGACUCUGUGUUCUGUUCAGCAGCUCCUCAGCCCAGUCCAACAACGCCCCCAACCCCUGCGUCAGUCCCUGGAUUGUCACGAUGGAGUUCUACGGAAAGAAUGACCUCACACUAGGAAUAUUCCUGGAGAGAUACUGUUUCAGGCCAUCCUAUCAGUGCCCCAGUAUGUUCUGUGAGACUCCCAUGGUGCACCAUGUGCGGCGGUUUGUCCAUGGCAGUGGCUGUGUUCAGAUCGUACUGAAGGAGCUGGACUCUCCUGUGCCUGGAUACCAACACACCAUCCUCAACUACUCCUGGUGCCGCAUAUGCAAACAGGUGACUCCUGUGGUGCCACUGUCUAAUGACUCAUGGUCCAUGUCCUUUGCUAAGUACCUGGAGCUGAGGUUCUAUGGUCACCAGUAUACCAGGAGGGCUAAUGCUGAGCCCUGUGGCCACUCCAUCCACAAAGACUACCACCAGUACUUCUCCUACAACCAGAUGGUGGCCUCAUUCAGCUACAUCUCAGUGAGACUGCUAGAGGUCUGCCUCCCUCCUCCUAAGAUCUUCAUCAGGAACCAGGGGCCCUCCAAGGGCAGUAUGCAGCAGGACCUCAAGGACUUCUCACAGAAGGUGACUCAGGUGUACCUGGCCAUAGACGACCGUCUCACCUCCCUGAAGACGGACACCUUCAGCAAGACACGCGAGGAGAAGAUGGAGGACCUGUUUGCACAGAAAGACAUGGAGGAGGCAGAUCUGCGUAGCUGGAUAGAGAAGCUGCAGGCUCGCCUCCAGUCCUGUGGUAGUGACUCUCCCCAGCAGCUCCAGACUGUACUGGAAUCAGUGGUAGUGAAGAAACAGAGCCUGUGUGAAACACUGCAGUCCUGGAACAACAGGAUGCAGGACCUGUUCCAGCAGGAGAAGAGCAGGAAGCGUCUGUCUGUCCCAGCCAGCCCUGGGAGACACCGACAGACAGACGACAGCAAGCCAAGUGCUCUGGAGUCCUCUCCACGCAACCCCUCCCCUUUGGUACAAAAUGGUGACAAAGAGGAUCGUCACCUCACUGCCAUGCCCUCAAGCUGGGGGUCGUCAUUGCUAACGUUACCGUCACCAGGGGAACCAGGCUCAGAACCCUUCUCGUCUGGACCCUGCUUCCCUGACCAGGACUCCGUCAGCAUCCCAGAGGAUGUGUUUGAUGGACACCAGUUGGGCUCCAAUGACAGCCUGGUGAAAGAGAAGUCCACAAUGAAGGCCAUUCUAGCCAACCUGCUGCCAGGAAACAGUUACAACCCCAUCCCAUUCCCAUUCUUGAAUCCUAGUGUUGACGGGAAAAAUCAUCAAUAUCUCAGUGAACCAGACAAGCAUUACCUGAUGUAUGAGCAUGAGAGAGUGCCCAUAGCCGUGUGUGAGAGAGAACCCAGCUCCAUCAUAUCAUUCGCUCUCAGCUGUAAGGAGUAUAAGAGUGCUCUGGAUGAACUGUCAAAGACGACGUUGAAGGCAGGAGGCGAGGAUACCACCCAAACCAUCAGUUCUGGAGAGAGCUGGGCCAAGAACAGCCCAGCCAAGCCCAACGAGACAGCCUCCUCCCAGAUGGGUCUGGUGCGCAGCAGCAUGGACUCUGACCCCCUCAAAGAUGCAGACAUAGGAGACAAGCAUAAGAAGUCAACAGGAAACCCUCAUAUUGAAUUACAGUUCUCUGAUGCCAACGCUAAGUUCUACUGCAGGAUCUACUAUGCUGAGGAGUUCCACAAGAUGAGAGGGGAGAUCAUGGCGAGUACGGAGGACGACUUUGUCCGCUCGCUCUCCCACUGCGUCAACUGGCAGGCCCGUGGCGGCAAGUCUGGGGCCGUCUUCUACGCCACUGAAGAUGACCGGUUCAUCCUGAAGCAGAUGCCUAGACUAGAGGUUCAGUCCUUCCUGGACUUUGCCCCUCACUACUUCACCUACAUCACCAGAGCCGUACAGCAGAAGCGGCCCACUGCCCUGGCUAAGAUCCUGGGUGUGUACCGGAUCGGCUUCAAGAACUCCCAGAACAACUCGGAGAAGAAACUGGACCUUCUGGUCAUGGAGAACCUGUUCUAUGGCAGGAAGAUGGCCCAGGUGUUCGACCUCAAGGGUUCUCUUAGGAACCGCAACGUCAAGACCGAGUCUGGGAAGGAGAGCUGUGAGGUGGUUCUGCUGGAUGAGAACCUACUGAAGCUGGUCCAUGACAACCCUCUGUACAUCAGAGCCCACUGCAAGGCCAUCCUCAGGGCCGCUAUCCACAGUGAUGCCCACUUCCUGUCUAGUCACCUGAUCAUAGACUACUCUCUGCUGGUUGGACGAGACGACGCCACAGACGAGCUGGUGGUGGGAAUCAUAGAUUACAUACGGACGUUCACAUGGGAUAAGAAGCUGGAGAUGGUUGUGAAAUCCACAGGGAUCCUGGGAGGGCAAGGGAAGAUGCCCACGGUGGUCUCUCCAGAGCUGUACCGAGCCCGUUUCUGUGAGGCUAUGGACAAAUACUUCCUGAUGGUGCCUGACCACUGGACAGGGCUGGGGGUCAACUGCUGAACUGUUACACCAGUGAGCUAGCCUGAGUCCCAGACCUGUUUGUGUUGUCUAGCCAAUUCCUAUGUCAUUUUCACGGCAUGUUUGGCAAGACAGCAUAAACGGAUCUGCAACUCAGGCUACCAGGGAGCUGCUAGCUACAGAACACAUAGGCAUCAGUCACCAAGGCAGAGAGGAGACCACAAUGCAGAAAAACCCUUAGCCCAAUAUGGAACCAUAAAAGCACACUGGAUUGAUGGAUGAAGAAGGAAAAUAAUAGAAGAGGAAGAGUAAUGCAAAAGAAAGAAUGGCCAGUUGUACGACUCAAUCAUUCCAUAAUAAUAAUCAUAGAAUUUACCACAGGCAGACCUAGAGCUGGAUAAACUUAUCAUAGACUAGACGAGUGACUCUUCAUGACUGUUCUUUGGAAUGAUGACUGAACCCAGAGUUGUUCCUGGCCUGGAAAUAAAUAAACUGCUGUCCCUAAUCAUGGACAUAUCUCUCUGAGGGAAGAGAUUAUCUUGAAGUGCCAAGAUGUCCAACUGUUUCAAAAGGACACAGUGAGAUAGCACUUAAAAAAUAAACUCUUACUUGGUCCUAGUUUGGUGAACAAACUAAUCGAUGUGAUGUAAAGGUUUGUAAAUGUACAGAGAUUAUGUAAUUAAAGAUUAUUAACUGAUUUCACAAGGUUUUAAACCUUAAUGUCAGUGAGAUGA